AAAUACAUAUCAGUGCUGAAAGCUUUCACAUUUCGAAGUAUUCUUAAUUGACUAAUUUUUUAAGGAAUUGAAUUACAUUUCAAAUUUGACAACAGAAAUAGAAUAUUAGUAUAUUUUCGGAGAACUUAUUUUUUUAGAACAUUUUCCAUUUCAAAUAAAUUCUUUUCUUAAACUUUACAAGUUAUAAUGUCAACAGAACUGAAUUUUCGACAACUAAUCGAUCUGGCUAUCGGUUCACCGGAGCCGGGACAUGUAAAUUUUUACGCGCUGCAUUUUUUACUUUUUUCAUUCGCCGAAAAGCUGAACCUUAUCGAUGAACCAGUGGACAACACGAAGUACGAAAAUGUUUCGAUAGUUAUGAGCAGUGGCAAGUUCGGUAGUGAUUCCUGUGAUCAAUAUCAGGGCUCAGUCACUUUUGCACAUAGUAAAGGCUCCGCACUACGUCAUGCUAAAGAAACAGCAAAGCCGUUAGCGGAAUUUAACCAGAAAUUGAUGAAACGCAAUCGUAAAAGAGAGACGGGUGGGGCUGAUCCCGAUGAUGCUGUGACCGCUGAAGGAACAGAAAUUGAAGAAGCAGAAGGUGGUGAAGGUGUUGAAGGAGGAGAGGGAGAUGAAGGAGGCGAGGAAGCACAACUGGCACAAGAGGAACCUCUGCAGGAAGUAGAGCAAGAAGGACAUUUAGAGCCACCAUCUGAACCGGCUGCACCACAAGCGACAAAGCAAUCAAUUGACAAACCAAUAGAACUAGAAAUUGUACCAGCAACUGGUGAGGAGGUGUUCGAUCAACCACUCGAAGCAAAAACUUCGGGUGAAGAAAUUGAUCUUGCUAUACAGUUAGAACAUCAACAAUUAACGAGUUCCGUCUAUCGUGGCAUUACCAUUAUGAAGGACCAACUUGAAUUGGUAAUGGAACUUAUGCGGCUUAUCGUUUCUACUACAGUACAAAAGAGAGCCACGCCCAUGCAAAUAGAACAAUUGCAAUCCUUAGUAAAGAAAAUGAUUGCCAUACAAAAGGAGAAUACAUAUAUAGAAAAUGCAUAUGGCUUUCGGAUAGACGAUACCUACUUCGAUCCCGAUUUGGACCGUCUGGAAGAUGGAGUUGAAGAUGAGGAAGGUGAGGAGGAAAGCGUGCGUAGCGAUCCCUCCUACAAAUCGCCACUGACCUCACACAUUACGGUACAACCAGCAACUCGACAAACACAAGAAGAAUACGAGUUAGAUGGUCAUCUCUGCUACUCACCUGACAAGCUAUUGGAUCAACUGAUGGACCUGAAGUCAGAGUUCUGUAUGCUUACGAAUAAAGUCAAUGAAAUUACUGCCACCAUACUCGAACAGGAUUGCCAACGCACUACAAGGCUCAUCGCCGAUCUACAGGAACAGCUCAAAGAUCUGAAAUUUUAUGUGACCAGUUUGAAAGAGGCUACCGAUCGCAUGGAAUCGAAAAACAUUAACUAUAGUGAGACCAUUGAUGAGCUCACCAAGACCAUAGACGAAAUUAUGAAUGAUAAGAUCGAUAAGAGUGAAAUUGAGAUACUACUAGCCGAUAAAGUCGACUACAAUCAGUUACAACGUAAAGUCUCCAACGAGCAGAUGCAAGAGUUUCAAUGCCGUUUGGAUAAGAAAUUCACCGAAGUUCAAAAUCAAAUCAAAACCAACGAUAAGAAUAUGUAUCAGGCUAUGGAUAAUAUAAGGAUAACGCUCGGUUUGGCAUCUGUAGAUGAUAUACUGAAUAGAUUUAAGGAGAAGAUAGAGGCGCAAAUACAGGGACUACAGGAGACACUGCGCAAGUAUAUGGACGCCACGAAUGACGAGUGCGCCGCAGCGGGUGCACGUAUAAAGGUGUUGCAAGAUCUUGCCUGCAUCUCCUGCGACACCACAUGUGUCAUGCGUACGAUGGAGAAAUCGAAAGUGGCAAAACUGCCGAAUGCGCACGCUUCGAAUUUGUUGAGCCCACUAAUCACCUACGAAAUCGGUUCGAUACGCAAGUCAGGCAUCAUGGGCUAUUAUCGAAAAGAUGAUUUUCCGCAUGCACCAAACGCCUGGCUCAAUCAGCAGAGAGUUUCGAUGCGCAUGUGUGUGCCACGUCACGCGGGCGGCGCUCACACUACUCACACCGCCAAGGAACACUUUGAAAAAGUGGUGAUCAGUAAAAAAUAAGGCUUUAAUUUUGCAUAGAUGCCUAACGCUAGCCAGUUUCAGUUUCAUUCCGUUUAUAGGCUCUUUAUAUAUUUUUGUCGAUACUCAGCUUAUCUAAAUUUAUAUGUUCUAGUAUAGCUCUAGGAAUUUUAACAUUCAAUAUUUUUUUUCGGGUUUUUUCCUUUUCAAACUAAAAUUAGAUCAAGCUGAAUAAAUGUAAAGACUGGGAAUUGACACUUAAAAAGCUGAAGUUUGGGUCCAUUUUAUUAUUCGAAACUGUCAUCCGUCGGGUGUCAUCUGUGGUCGCACGUAAGAGUAGUAAAAAUCGGAUUAAGAGAGAAAUAUUGGGAAACAUUAUGCUUUAUAUAAAGUGUGUUCUGCAAAUAAUGCUUUAGGCCCAUUUUGUUCUCGAGUGGUAACCAAAUAAAACUUAUCCUACAACGCAAUGGAUUUGCUAAAAUACUUGGUUUGUUUCACCUCAGCUGUCCAAUGUCUCAUAUGGAGCAUUGGGAGCCCUGAAGUAUAUCCCGUCUCAACCGGCUGACGACUGGGCAUUCGCAAAGGUAAUAUUAAAGCGUCUCAACAGCCUCCGCGCAUGUUCAACAUUCCGCCGAAUCCACUUUACCAAUUUUUCAAAGGUUAACUGUGAUGACCCCUAAAUUUUACUGAGUGAACUUAGAAGUAGAAACUUUUCCGCCUGAAAAACUGAAUUGAAGUAAUUUGGUUUAAGCUACCUUCUGCAUAUGGAUUCGCCGUUGCAACUAUGUGAGUGACCUGGAUUUUAAUAGUAGACAUAUUUUUGAUAAUCUAGUAUGCUUGCAAGUAGGUAAUCCUUAUAUUCCCAACUAUUUUAAAAGUUAUUUUACCGCGGAAACAUGCAUUAAAAUAAAAAAAUUUAAUAUCAUCUUACUUUAUUCAAUUGAAAAUGUAAGUCUAAAGAUAUUUUUGACAUUGACAUUCUCGACACAAUACAUUUCGAUAUUUUUAAUCGAUAAAUUAUCGUUCAGAAAUUGUGGCCCUGUCAGUACUAGCACAAAAUCAUAGUGUCAGCUCUAAUCAGCUGAAUGUGCAACAACAAAAUGAAUCCAAAACAAUAGCAAUAACAAAAAUAAAAAAUAGAAAAAGUUUCUCCGCUGACGAUUACAACUUGUGUCUUCCACCCAGUUUACUGAUUAGCUGAACUGCAAUAAAACCAUUGGAAUAUUAAGUGGACAACCACAGAAAACGAGAUAAAACUUAUACGGGAACAAAAACCAGUUGCGGUUUGAAAUUUUAACUAAGCACACUACUAAACUAAGCAAAGUCACAACAAAAUGGCCACCUUUCGUUUGGGUCCAAUGACGCACUCUGUGCCAAUGUCACUAUUCCGGAAAAACCGGGAGAAAUUGUGCGCUGCACUGAAGGAACACAGUUCUGUUAAACCUAAAGCUCAUGUUUUGCUUUCUGGUGGUGACGAUGUUAGCUUCAACGAUACGGAUGUGAAUUAUGCUUUCCGUCAGGAGUCCUAUUUCCAAUAUUUGUUUGGUGUCAAGGAGCCAGGUUGUUAUGGUGUGCUGAAAGUUCAUACUGGCUUAUCUACUUUAUUUGUGCCCCGUUUACCUGAAGAAUAUGCCACAUGGAUGGGAAAAUUGUAUACAUGUGAUGAAUUCAAAAAAAUGUACGAAGUAGAUGAGGUGCGUUAUGUGGACGAAUUAAAUACAUUCUUCGAGAGGGCACAGCCUUCCGUCAUUCUGACAUUGAGUGGUCCCAACACGGAUAGUGGCUUAGUGUCGAAACCAGCACGUUUUGAAGGGAUCGAGAAAUUCAUCGUCGAUUGUGAACUCUUGCAUCCAGUGAUAGCUGAGUGUCGCGUCAUCAAAUCACCCGAAGAGAUUGAGGUUCUACGUUAUGUCGCAAAAGUGUCUUCGGAUGCUCACAUACGUGUCAUGCAGUUUAUGCGUCCAGGACGUUCAGAGUAUGAGGGUGAGGCGGUAUUUCUGCACCACGCUUACGCCGUUGGUGGCUGUCGACACGCCUCAUACACUUGCAUUUGCGGUAGUGGUGUGAAUUCGUCAGUGCUGCACUACGGUCACGCGGGUGCACCAAAUGAUGGACCAGUACGCGAUGGUGAUAUGUGCCUGUUCGAUAUGGGUGCAAAUUAUUGUGGUUAUGCAGCUGAUAUAACGUGCAGCUUCCCAGCAAAUGGCAAAUUCACCGAAGAUCAGAAAUUCAUUUACAAUGCCGUCUUGGCUGGGCGAAACGCUGUGCUGGCGGAAGCACGCGAAGGCGUCUCAUGGGUGGAUAUGCACAAAUUGGCAUGUCGUGUUAUGCUAACGAAGUUAAAAGAAGGUGGCAUGCUAAAAGGUGAGGUUGAGGAUAUGCUUGACGCUGGUUUGGCGGGCAUUUUCCAACCACACGGUCUGGGCCAUUUACUUGGUUUGGAUGUGCACGAUGUUGGUGGCUACCUAACAGGGCACCCAGAACGCCCAGCUGAACCAUGGCUGUCCAAAUUACGUUUCGCGCGCACUUUGAAAGCGGGCAUGUACGUAACCGUUGAGCCGGGUUGUUACUUCAUUGAAUAUCUUAUGGAUCGUGCACUUGCCGAUCCCAAUCUCAACAAGUUCAUCGUGAAAGAAGUGUAUGAACGUUUCCGCAAAUUUGGUGGUGUCCGCAUAGAAGACGAUGUCCUCAUUAAAGAGGUCGGUUGUGAAAAUUUCGCCAAAGUGCCACGCACCGUGGAGGAAAUCGAACAAACCUUGGCUAAUCGCAAGGAAUAAGCAAGCUGUUACCUGGCAAGCAAUUAUCUAGCACGUUAUAUAUUGAUUGUUUCGUUUAGAUUAGAUUGCUACGAAUGAUUUAUACUUGUAUACCUUAAAUAUAAAAAAAACACAUGCUUUAACACAUACAUACAAUAUGUAAGCAUUCCCUAUUGGAAAUUUACAUUGUCUACAUUAUAUAUUUUUGUUAUUGCGCUCAGCUAUUAUAUAUUGAAUAAAGGAAAGUCUAACUAUGUUAA